AUGGCGUUCAGCCCAUUCUUGCCGAUCCACAAGCUGGCCAGAUUGCCACUUCUGAACCUAGGCUUGCAGCGUGGACGUCUCCGGAUAGGAGGCCGCUCGCUGACAGCUGCUUUCGCAAAGCUUGUACAAAGCGCAUUGCAAGCAGUGGCUCCCAGUGGGGACAACUGGCAGCCACUGGAGAGCAUUUCAGUGCUCCGCAAUAGAGGGGAGCUACGUGAGUUGCAUAACCGCGAGGCGGCCAUGGUGCUGCUGGACCGUGGGUGCAUGGCCGAUGCGCAGGAUGCGGCUGGGCGGACAGCCUUGCACUUGGCGGUGUGCAGCAAGGAGCCUCGGCUCUGCAAGCUGCUUUUGGCAAAGCAUCCGGACCUCACAGCAAGGCAGGACUUACAAGGCAGAGGCCCCUUGGCGUACGCUGUCCUGCACCCGGCCCACACCGUCGCGGAGCACUGCACUCGACUUCUGCUGGAGGGCCACGCAGAUGCGCAUGCUGAGGAUGUUUUCGGCCUGAACGCCUUACACUACGCUUUGAAGGCCGGAGCACAAGGUGCGGCAGCUUUGCUCAAGCAGGCGACAGCGGCAUCUCCCCAAGCACCGCAGAAUCCACAGAAUGAGCUUCAGCAGCCCUUCCACAUGCAGGAGUUUCCUUACUUGGACAUGCUGUGGGAUCAGCGGGACGAAGGCGCGCCUGAUUUCUUGAGCCAGCACGCUCCAUCUCCUGCAGAUCGGCUGCAAGAAGAGCUCGCUGAACAGAGUGGGCUCCUUGAAGCCGCAAAGCUCGAAGUGAAGGAGGGGCAGCUUCGAGAGAAGGAGCUGAAGACAGAAUUGAUGGCAGCGCAGAAGGGUGCUGCCACAGCUGGCGCGGAUGUGGAAGCCUACGGUGAAGGAUGGCCCAACAGUCUCGGACACCGAGUGCUGCGCGCCGGAAGGCAGCUGGCGCAAAAGUCCGAGGAGUUCCGGACUGCCGAGGCGGCUGCCCGGAGUCUUGCCAGCAAAAAUCAGGAGUUGCUUGCAGAGUUGCAGGCCAACAAAGACCAGCUUGCGCAUGCCCAGGAGGAGCAGCUUGAGCUGCACCGAAAGCUGGACAGGGAGUUGCAACAUCGUGGAGAAGCAGAGUCCUGGAAGUUUCUCGCUGAGGAGGACCGCCGCAGCGCUGCGGUGGUGCGGGACAUGCUUGAGCGACGCCUAGAGGAGGCGGAGGCAUCGGCCUCGAACGCGCGACGACGUGAGGGCGAGGCUCUCUCAAAGCUAGAGAGCCAACAAGUUCACGAAGCACAGGCUGAGAUGGAUCAGCUGCAGCAAGAGCUCCAAGCUGCGAAGGCGGAGGUGGUGACAUCGAGCAACUCCUUGGAAGCUGUGCGGGCCGAGGCAAAACGAGAUUUGGAGGCCGAAGCUUCGCUGUGCCGACAUGAGCUGGAGUCUGUGCGAGAAAGCCAGCAUGCACAAAGGCAUCUGGAACAAGAGCUGAGUCAAGGCCAAGAGCGUACUGACUUCUUCGAGCAGGAGACAUUCCGCUUGAAGCAAGAAGCGAGUGCUCGAGAUGCGCAGUGGCAAAGGCUUUUCAGGCACUAUCCAGCAGUGGGCCAUGCAUUCUUCAGCGCCGGCAUGACAGACGAGACAGACGAAAGCGGAGCAAAAGCUACGGACAGCCGGACGUUAGUUGCGCCCUUGCAUCUGUCUGGCUCUGAUGCUGACAACGAGCUGUUGAACUUGACCGCUGGCAAUCCCACAAAUCACGAGAACUCACCUAGGAAGGGCAUGUCGUAUGGCGUGUGUCAGAUGAACAAGUCUCAGGAGAUGAAGGAGAUAUUCGACCUCCUUGAUGCCGAUGGCAGUGGGAGCAUUGAUCCUAAGGAGAUCCGCAUGCAAAUGCAAGCUCUGGGUUUUGAGGCGGACAACACCACGAUCUACCAGCUCAUCAGCGAUCUGGAUGGGGAUGGCUCGCAGAACCUGGAGUUUGAGGAGUUCCUCAAGAUAUUGAAGGACAUGCAAGUCCACGCGGUUGGCUAUGCAACUAGGGACAACAUGCAGGAGGUUUUCGACUACCUGGAUGACCUAGAGGAGCAGCAGAGGGACAAGAAGAUAGAUGUGACAAAUUUGCAGCGCAUCGUCCCACUCUCAGUGUGGUCUUUCAAGGAACGUAGAGAUCUCCAGAGAUCCCCGAGGCGCAGGUCCUGGGAGACAACAUUUCUGAUGCGGCGCCUCCCCUGUUUGUCCGUUUGUCCUCUGCUGACUAUUCCCUUGGUUGUUUUCGAUGUUAUUUCAGCACUCAGCACUCGGACCACCUUGACCAGUCCUUCGGCCCACAGCGCGGAUUAA